GUCCUUUUAUUAGUGGGUAAGUUAAGGAGGAGUUUGAAAAAAAAAUUAAGAGACACAAAAGCGUUACAAAGGCGAGAGCAUAUCUUCGGUAAAUCUUCAUGUACAGUGUCGGGCUGAGAGAUGUUCCUUCCGGUUCGUACAAGAAGCGCGAGUGGUUUAGCGGUAAAAUUCCAAGUUGCCAUCUUGGAGCCCCCGGUUCGACUCCGGGCUCGCGCAUUUUUUUUUGCUCCCCCAGUACACACUGGGCAGUGGAGUUAGACGUUGCAGCUUCUACUACCGGCUCAUCUUUGGGUGUUACAAUCAACAUCCUUCUAACAGCAACGCAUCUCUAUUGUGGACCAAUUCAAUUCAGAACCCAGUGUGAACAUCUGAAACCCAAAGUCAUGAAAUAUCACCAUUCAUCGUGACGGCCUUGUGCGUUUAUGCGUAAUUUGGUGAUCUGCACGAAAGAGACCUUAUUCGAAUCGUUGAAGCGUUCUUUGUGACAACUGACACAAAAGUCCAAUGGUUGAUGAAAUAUAUAAGGGCAUG